AUGGCCACGUCCCCGUGCAGCAGCAGCGGCAUCUCCUCGUCGUCCUCGUCGGGGCUGGGCGCGGACGCGGGGCUGGAGAUCCGCACGCGCUCCGUGGAGCAGACGCUGGUGCCGCUGGUGUCGCAGAUAACUACUCUUAUUAAUCAUAAGGAUAAACCAAAGCGUUCAGACAAGACUCUGCAAGCAAUCCAGCGAGUGGGCCAGGCUGUUAACCUGGCAGUCGGGAGAUUUGUUACCGUGGGGGAAGCCAUAGCCAACGAAAACCAUGAACUGAAGGAGGAAAUGAGUGUUGCUUGCAUUGAGGCAAGGAGAGCAGGUGAAACAAUUGCACAACUUACAGAUGUGGCAAGCUUGGAUCAUCCAGAAUCUGAUAGUCACAUAACAGUCUUUACAGACAAAACGGGGGUGGUAAAAGCUGCAAGGUUAUUGCUUUCAUCUGUCACAAAGGUGCUGGUGUUGGCAGACAGAAUUGUUAUUAAGCAAAUUAUAACUUCCAGGAACAAGGUUCUUGCAACAAUGGAACAACUAGAAAAAGUCAGUAGUUUUCAGGAGUUUGUACAAAUAUUCAGCCAGUUUGGAAAUGAAAUGGUGGAGUUUGCCCAUUUAACUGGAGAUAGGCAAAAUGAUUUGAAGGAUGAGAAGAAAAAGGCUAGAAUGGCAGCAUCUAGGGCUGUUCUUGAGAAGUGCACUAUGAUGCUCCUGACUGCUUCAAAGACCUGUCUGAGGCAUCCAGACUGUGAAUCUGCUCGUAUUAACAAAGAUGGAGUUUUUCAUCGGAUGAGACUAGCUUUGGAACAGGUAAUAGAAAUUGUAACUGACUCUAGACCAAAUGGAGAAAAUGAAAUGGCCCCCAUCAGCAUAUAUUCUGGCAUCAAAGAAUUCAAGAAUAAGGUAGAAGGUCUCCGUGAGAAUCUUUAUUUCCUCUCAAAAGAGAACCUUUCAACAAUGCUGGAAGUUAUCCUGGAACAUACAGAAGACUUCACAGACUCUGCCUAUACCAGUCAUGAGCACAGAGAACACAUUUUGGAGCUGUCUAAACAGGCUAAAAUGGAACUAGAGCAGCUGGUUUCAGUGUGGAUGCAAGCUCAAAACCAAAAGACAAAGGAUCUCAUGGAAGACUUGGAAGUAGCCAUUUUAAAAACAUGCCAGUGCAUGAAUGAACUUAAAAGAGAGGUCCACAGUGCAGCAACAUCUCUGGCAGCAGAUCUUCUGAAAUACCAUAUGGAUCAUAUGGUUCUUAAAGCAUUAAAAAUUACAGGAGUAGAAGGAAAUCUUGAAGCUGUAGCAGAAUAUACUUGCAAGCUAUCAGAGCAGAAGGAACAGCUUGUUGAGAUGUGUCGCUUAUUGAGGCAUGUUUCUGGAACUGAGCCUCUUGAGAUUACUUGCAUACAUGCAGAAGAUACCUUUCAGGUCACUGGCCCACAGAUAAUUUCUGCUGCAGAAACCCUGGCAUUACAUCCAUCUAGCAAGAUUGCAAAAGAAAAUCUUGAGGUGUUCUGCGAGGCCUGGGAGUCUCAACUGAGUGACAUGUCCUUGUUGUUAAGAGAAAUCAAUGAUGUGUUUGAAGGAAGAAGAGGAGAGAAGCGUGUCUACCUAUCACUGCCCAGACCAGGGAAGCAUAAUGCAAAUCUGAAAGCAUUAAAGCCAGUCAAACUAGAUACUGAGGAACAGGCGAAAAUCGCAAAACUUGGAUUAGAAUUGCAUCUGCUAACUUCUGAUGUGGAUUCUGAGACAGAGAAAUGGGAGGAUCAGGAGAAUGAGAUUGUGCAACAUGGGCAAGGCAUGUCAAGUAUGGCCUACUCCAUGUAUUUAUUUACCAGAGGAGAAGGACUUCUGAAAACUACUCAAGAUUUAUUUCAUCAGGCAGAGAUUUUUGCCACAGAGGGCACAAAGCUUGCUUCAGCUCUUCAUGCUCUUUCUGAUCAGGUACAUGAUGUUGACAAGCCUUUUCUUCUGUCGGAGGCUGAAAAACUCAUCUCUAUGUGCAAACAGCUCCAGAUAACAGCUAAAGCUUCUGCUCAGGGUAAAAGUGCUACAUUUACAAAGGUUGAUGCAUGCAUUCUGAAAACAAGGAAUGUGAUGACUCUAUUAUGUCAACUUCUUCCACUUUGCUGCAAAUUACUGAGAAAGAAUAAAGUGGGAAAUGGUUGUCUUAAACCUGCUCCACCAUGGAAAGAAGACAGAAUACGAACUGAUACAAAUGCACAUACUCCAGAAAGAAGAGUAGACACACUUGGCAUCAAGUCUUUAGAAAAUCAUGUAACAAACAUGACAUUUUUAGAGAGCAAGUAA